AUCCAAUAUCCACUGCACCACUUCUGCUAAUCCCUUGUUCUUGUGCCUCCGAUCCGGAGCUCUCACCAUUGUCAUCGUCAAUCGAUCAAUAUAAAGCGAGCCAAUUACCCCAAGGAGCUACCGCUUGCGACGGUAUGGCGAUCCCGGUGAUUGACUUCUCCAAGCUGGACGGCCCUGAGAGGGCCGAGACCAUGGCGGCCCUCGCUGCCGGGUUCGAGCACGUGGGGUUCUUCCAGCUGGUGAACACCGGCAUCUCCGACGACCUGCUGGAGCGGGUGAAGAAGGUGUGCAGCGACUCCUACAAGCUGCGGGACGAGGCGUUCAAGGACUCCAACCCCGCGGUGAAGGCGCUCACAGAGCUCGUGGACAAGGAGAUCGAGGACGGCCUCCCCGCGAGGAAGAUAAAGGACAUGGACUGGGAGGACGUCUUCACCCUCCAUGACGACCUGCCAUGGCCUUCCAACCCUCCCGCCUUCAAGGAGACGAUGAUGGAGUACCGCAGGGAGCUGAAGAAGCUGGCGGAGAAGAUGCUGGGCGUGAUGGAGGAGCUGCUGGGGUUGGAGGAGGGCCACAUCAGGAAGGCCUUCAGCAACGACGGCGAGUUCGAGCCCUUCUACGGCACCAAGGUCAGCCACUACCCGCCGUGCCCGCGGCCGGACCUCAUCGACGGCCUGCGCGCGCACACCGACGCCGGCGGCCUCAUCCUUCUGUUCCAGGAUGACCGCUUCGGCGGCCUGCAGGCGCAGCUUCCGGACGGCAGCUGGGUCGACGUCCAGCCCCUCGAGAACGCCAUCGUCAUCAACACCGGCGACCAGAUCGAGGUGCUGAGCAAUGGCCGGUACAAGAGCGCAUGGCACCGCAUCCUGGCGACCCGCGACGGCAACCGGCGCUCCAUCGCCUCCUUCUACAACCCAGCGCGCCUGGCCACCAUCGCUCCGGCGAUCCCCGCCGCAGGGGUCGGCGACGACGACUACCCGAGCUUCGUGUUCGGCAACUACAUGGAGGUGUACGUCAAGCAGAAGUUCCAGCCUAAGGCGCCCAGAUUUGAAGCCAUGGCCACGACGACGACCAAGUGAUGACCUAGCAGCGACUCAGCGAGAGCCUAAAUAAAUAUUAAUUCACAGUCGUCAAGUUAAUCUUGUGGUUAUACGGUACGGGCGGGGCUUGUACUUAUGUAGGUUGCUAAGUCUUAAGUGUGUAGUUUAAUUAACGUGUGUGUGGAAUGUACGCGUCAUACAAAUGUGUUGGUGUGUGCCCUGCCGCAAGAUUGCGGUGAGCGGUGGAUCUAUGGUCAACGGGUGCCUAAAUGAUUUGUGCUUUUGUAGCAUAAAAUGGCACAUCUCCUCUGCUUUUGUUACAUCUCCACCUUUUCUUUUUGCACUUUUCACCUCAAGUAAAACAUGUGGCGGCUUUCACUAAGUACAAAGAAGCUCUACAGAGCUAUUUCUAUU